AUGAUUCUCUCACGCCGGGUAGUCGUUUUCCUCGGCGUCUCCUUCUUUCUCGUCCUUUUAUACACAGCCCGACACCUUUCGCAACCAUGGCAUAAAAUUCCCCAGGCUGUCGGCUUGGGCGAAUUUGUCUACCCCGUCGGCAAUAAUAGAACCAAGUCCUCCAAUUUAACAUUCACCGAUUUCCGCGAAGAUGAGAAAACCUUAUACGCGCCGCAACCGAAUUUCAUCCCCGGCAUCCCGAAGCCACCGGGGCACGAGUAUACAAAGAUGCUCGUCAUCCCGCGCAUGCAAUCGGAGGAUGUUUCCUGGAUUGAACAAGAGCUUCCGGACUGGCAAACGGCUAUCUAUGUCGCUGAUGACCCAUCAGCACCUCUUCACCCUCCAAAAAAUAAGGGCCAUGAGGUCAUGGUGUAUCUCAGCUAUGUGAUUGAUUUCUAUGAAGACUUGCCGGACGUUUCGGUCUUUAUGCACUCGCACCAAGAAGCAUGGCACAACGAUGAGAUUUUUGGUGGUGACGCUGCAGAGAUUCUUCGCCGGUUGAGCUUGCCUCGUGUCAUUCGAGAAGGAUACAUGAACACUCGAUGUACUUUCGCGCCAGGUUGCCCGUCCUGGAUGCAUCCGGGCACUGUGAUAGAGAACGAACAAAAGCAAGAAGAGACAAUGUUGGCCCGCGCAUGGGGUGAACUCUUCCCGGAUGACCCGGUCCCGUCGGUACUUGCACAGCCAUGUUGUGCCCAGUUUGCGCUGUCGAAGGACCGAAUCCGAACGAUCCCUCGUGCUCGCUUCAUCUUUUACCGGGAUUGGCUUUUACAGACUGAUCUGAGUGACUAUAUUGCCGGUCGAAUUUGGGAAUAUCUAUGGCAGUACAUUUUCACCGGUGAGGCAGUUGUUUGUGUUAUGCCGCAUAUCUGUCUUUGUGAUGGUUAUGGUGUUUGUUUUGGCGGACAGGAUGAAUAUGAUAAUUUCCGAAGUCUGUUCGACGAAAAGAACUAUAUCGAGGAGCAACUUGGGGAUUACAAUUUCGAUCUUGACGAACUGGACCUGGCGCAAGAAAACGACGAGUCAGAAGAGGAUGAGGAAGGCCAACCUGUAUCGCGCGAAGGCCGACUAAUUAAGAGCGCGAGAGAGAAGAGGCAAAAAGUGCAAGAGCUCAUCGAUGCUGCCUUGCUGCUUGGUGAAGAUCCUCAGCACCGUGCUAUGGAAGCUGGUCGUCCCUGGAAAAAGGGCGAUGGCUUCUAG